GUCCCAAGCACGACUUACUCCAAACCCAAAGUUAUGGCCGUAUCGAAAGACAAGAGUGUACCCCCUCCGGUGUAUCGAAAUCGAAUCGCCGGCUGUAAUUUCUGUCCGUCGAACCAGAAAAGGAAGCGGGAAAGAGACAGAUAGAAAGAAGGCUUCGACGGCGCCUGUCAUCUUCUCCCUCAUUAGUGUUCAUUGAAGGGGCUGUCUUUUUAGUUUUUUCCCUAUCCCGCCGUUGAAGAAGUUUUUGUUCAGUAGUUCUGGUGUUACUUUCACAUCCCAUGAUGCGAGGUCUGCUAAAACUAUACAAUAGCCCUCAUAGCUGCAAGAGACCCUCACAAGCUCUCUUCUUUGUUACUCGUGCUUCCUUUAGUUCCUCGGCUUCUUUGCAUUCAGUGUUGAAUGUAUUGUCCUCGCCCAAGUGUGACGGCGCCACCACCAUUGAGAAUAUUGGAUUCCAGCAUCCAUGGUCCUUAAUUCAGCACCGGGGUGUUAAAGUGAAUGCCAUUCAUUUAAGACCUGGAAAUGUCAUUGAGAAAUCAGGUUAUGUUCUGGACGUGGUGGAAGUAGAGCAUAGGCAGCGAGGAAGAGGAGGUGCUAUGAUGCAGAUUGAACUUCGUGAUGUUGACAGUGGAACAAAGCAAAACUCCAGGUUUGGAACAGAGGAGUCUGUUGAAAGUAUGGUCUUACAUCUUUUAGUCUUUAUCUUUCUUUUGGUGCAAUACUGUUCAUUUAUGCUACUCAGUCCGGUGAACUUUGAACAACUGGAAGUGCCGUUGGAGUUAUUUGGCAAAGCUGCUGCCUAUCUAAAAGAGGAUUUGAAAGUCAAAUUGCAGUUGUACGAUGAUAGACCUUUAUCGGGGUCUGUGCCAAAACAAGUGACAUGCUCCAUCAAGGAAACACUAGCCAAUAUGAAGGGGACAACAGUGACACCUCGGUAUGUUUUCAUAUUCCUGGUAUGUAAAGGCUGUACUGGACAAUGGUCUCACUGUUCAAGUACCUUCUUAUCUACAGAUCGGCGAAAAAAUAAUUAUCAACACCGAGGAUGAUACAUUUGUUAGCAGGGCUUAACCAGGGACAUCUUGGCAGGCAUUUUGCAAUUUGGUGGGGUUUUACCCAAGAAUAGAGGCAGAAAGGGAGAAGAACAAACUUGGGAAUCCUAGGAAGAGCAUUGUUGGAUAAAGAUUUGAUAUGGUUUUUAAGGAUUUGAUUUCCUUCUGAAUGUCCAAAGCCAAUUGACUUGUGAUGAAACGAAAAACCCAGCAUAAUUCAAGGGAAAAGAGGACAUUGAAAUCAGAUGUAAUAUAUCAGAUCCCCAUCCAUGUCUCCUCCAGGAGUAAAUUUAUGAGCGUCUCAAAGUGCAAAAU